ACUGCAUCUUUUACUUUUGGUUUGCCAAAACUAAAUAUAGAUAUUCAUGUCGCUCAACAUCCCCCGCAGUGUGAUGCUGCGGCGUAUAAAUAUUCUUACUGCCCGUCCUUUGUCUCCAAGUCUUGCUGCCGCUUUUAUUCAGCGACCAAACUACUCGAAGAUUGUAUACCGUAAAGCUCCAUUUUCCACAUCCCGAACACUAUACAAACUAGAAAACGAACUAGACGAUAUGGCCGAACAGCCCGAACCAACCGGCCUCAUCGCCAAGAGCGGCAUUGAGCUUUUGACCUUUACCACGCCCAACGGCUUAAAAAUCAGCAUCCUAUUAGAAGAGCUAAAAGAAGCGUAUGGCAAGGAGUAUACAUGGCAAUCUGUCAAUAUCCUAAAGAACACGCAAAAGCAGCCGUGGUUUACCGCGAUAAACCCCAAUGGCAAAAUCCCGGCUAUCGUCGACCAUGACCGGGACGGCUUUGCCGUGUUUGAGGGUCUCGCCAUCCUGAGCUACCUAACGCGCCAUUACGACCCAGAGCAUAAGUUUAGCUUCCCAGUCGACAGCGACGAUUACAGCGUCUGUGAGCAGUGGAUGGCUUGGCAGCACGGCGGAGUCGGCCCUAUGCAAGGCCAAGCAAACCACUUCUUCCGCUUCGCCAAAGAGAAGAUCCCCUACGCGAUCCAGCGCUACGUCGGCGAAACCGAGCGUCUCUACGGCGUCCUAGACAAGCGUCUCGAGGGGCGGGACUUCAUCGUGGGUGCAGGCAAGGGCAAAUUCAGCAUUGCCGACAUCAACCUGCUGGGCUGGGUCAACGGCGCGCUCUUCACGGGGAUCGACGUCACCCUGUUCCCCAACAUCGAGAAGUGGAUCGAUAGGUGCAUGGCGCGGCCUGCGGUUCAAAAGGGGUACGCGAUCCCGAGCAAGUUGCCUAUUACUAAUGAGGAUGUGAAGAAGAAGAGGGAGGAGGAUCCCGAGGCUAAGAGGGAGCAUGAGGAGUCGUUGAAGUUUUUGAACGAGGCGAAGGAGAAGUAUGGGUAUAAGUAUUCUUCGCCGUAAACAGGGGAGAAAGUGUAGAUAUGAAUAGAUACGAAAUGCCUGAGUACCUAACCUAUAUACCAGGUAUACGAUGCUACUUGAAUACAAAAGAGCUACUCCGUGCUUCCCCG